AUUCUGAACAUGGGACUUUCCAGAAGGACCACACUCCUUCCGUGCAUCCAUUUGACCCAGGAAGUUCUAGAUUUGGACUGUCCAGGGAGUUUGCCUGCCUCUCCAGAGAAGGAUGGCCGUGUGGUCCCUGUGGUGUCUGCAUCUCUGGGCAGCAUUACUUCCCAUUGCGGAUACCGGUGCCCAAGUGCAGGGAAAGGUGGGGGGCUCAGUGCUGCUAGUGGCAGAGUGCCCCCAUGGCUUCCAAGUCCGUGAGGCCAUCUGGAGAUCUCUAUGGCCUUCAGAGGAGCUCCUGGCCACGUCUUUCCGGGGCUCCCUGGAGACUCUGUACCACUCCCGCUUCCUGGGCCGAACCCAGCUGCACAGCAACCUGAGUCUGGAGCUUUGGCCACUGGAGUCUGGAGACAGCGGCAACUUCUCUGUGUUGCUGGUGGACACAGGAGGUCGGGCCUGGACCCGGAUCCUGCAACUCAAGGUGUAUGAUGCAGUACCCAGGCCCAUGGUACAAGUGUUCAUCGCUCUAUUGGGGGAUGGCCAGCCCCCAAAGACCUGCCAGGCGCUCCUGUCCUGUCGGGUCCCCAACAUCAGUGACAUAACCUAUAGCUGGCGACAGGAGGGGACCAUUGACUUUGGUAUCGAGCCACAUGGCCUCUUCAUGGAUGGACAGGUGCUGAGGGUUUCACUGGAACCAGGAGACAAGGAUGUGGCCUAUUCCUGCAUUGUCUCCAACCCUGUCAGCUGGGACUCGACUACAGUCAUCCCCUGGAAGAGCUGUCAUCAUGAGGCAGUAAAGACCUACUACAAAGAUGUACUGCUGGUGGUGGUGCCUGUCUCGCUGUUCCUGAUCCUGGCUGGUCUCUUCUCUGCCUGGCACUGGGGUGCCUGCUCAGGAAAAAGGAAGAAGGAUGUCUGUGCUGAUGGAGUGGUUCUAGAGACAGAGAGCCCCCUUGUGUAGAGUCUGCCAUAAAGGAGGAGAUAAACUGAUGCCCGGAUCAUGAGGAACCCCACUGCAUGGGCACAUGAUGGUCUGGUACAUAUCUGGUGCCUGGAAACGACCAUGGUCUUCGUACCUCCCAGGAGACGCCAUCCUACUUUCCAGGAGCAGCCUGGGAAGCCAUCACACUGGGGGGACAGGAAACACUGGCAUGACCUUCCACACCCUCCCCCCUCCCCUCCUCCCUCAUUGCACGUCCUGGUUCUGCUCUGGGCAAGAUGGACUUAAGAGGACAUUCCAUAAAGGACACUGGGCAUUCUCCAAGACACUGGACAUUCUCCAGGACCCACAGGGACAGUGAUGACCCAGGACAUUCAUUCCCUACCACUGUUCAUGAGAUAUUGUUAUGGACUGUAUUUGUCGCCUCAAAACUCAUGUUGAAGUCCUAGCCCCCAAUAUCUCAGAAUAUGACUAUUUGGAAAGAGGACCUUUAAGGAGAUAAUUAAGGUUAAAUGAGGUCAUUGGGAUGAGGCCUAAUCCAAUAUGCUUGGUGUCCUUAUAAGAAGAGGGAGAGAUACCAGGGAGGUGUGUACGCAGAGGGAAGGAAGCCACCUGCAAGCCAAGGAGAGAGGCCUCAGAAGACACCAAACCUGCUGACACCUUGAUUUUGAACUUUCAGCCUCCAGAAC